GCUGGCGCGGUCGCCCGGCUUAGCAAUCGUUUGGUGCAAUGCGAAUUAGCGUCAGGCAGCAGAGGCUGUGCUGUUAGAGCGGAGAGCUUCACUCAGGCGAACGCAAAGGACCGGUUCCCCCUCCGCCCUGGUCAGUUACUCCUCGAGAGCAGGUGUUCCCCCCCCUUCACCCCCCUCCAGGAGCCCCCACCCCUCUGUCAACUGAGAGUAACUUUGACCUUUAUUAAUUAGGGAAUUCACAAGACUCUUCCAAAAACAGAAAAUAAGAGGCGGCGACUGGGGGGAGUAAUCAUUACCGAGACACUGACAGUUUGUAGACUCCAGGAAGUGUCUGCCGAAGGAGACGGGGCAGCCCUCCCCUGCCUACGGUUCCGAAGUCUUCUAUUUAUUCCUUUCUGUUGGAGGGCUCGUAUCUGGGGCGAGAGAGAGAGAGAGAGAGAGAGAGAAUCCUCCGCAAUGGCCCUGGAGAACGAAGAGGAUAGUAUGUCGUGGAAAAAGCAGGCGGACGAUAUUAAGAAGAUCUUCGAAUUCAAGGAGAUUCUGGGAACAGGCGCCUUUUCAGAAGUCGUCAUGGCAAAGGAGAGGGCCACCGGCAAGAUGUUUGCCAUCAAAUGCAUUCCGAAGAAGGCCUUGAAAGGCAAGGAAAGUAGCAUCGAGAAUGAAAUUGCUGUUCUCCGAAGGAUAAAGCAUGAAAACAUCGUUGCUUUGGAAGACAUCUACGAAAGCCCUAACCACCUGUAUCUGGUGAUGCAGCUGGUGUCAGGGGGCGAGCUGUUUGACCGGAUCGUGGAGAAGGGAUUCUACACGGAGAAAGACGCCAGCACGCUGAUUCGACAGGUGUUGAACGCCGUUCAGUACCUGCACAAAAUGUGCAUUGUCCACCGUGAUCUGAAGCCAGAAAACCUCUUAUACUUCAGCCCUGAUGAAGAAUCCAAAAUAAUGAUCAGCGACUUUGGCUUGUCCAAGAUGGAAGGUUCGGGCGAUGUGAUGUCGACAGCUUGUGGCACGCCAGGCUAUGUUGCUCCAGAAGUUCUUGCCCAGAAACCCUACAGCAAAGCGGUCGACUGUUGGUCUAUCGGAGUCAUCGCUUACAUUCUGUUGUGUGGCUAUCCUCCAUUCUACGAUGAAAAUGACUCCAGACUGUUUGAGCAGAUAUUGAAGGCAGAAUAUGAGUUUGACUGUCCUUACUGGGAUGACAUCUCAGACUCUGCUAAAGAUUUUAUCAAACGCUUGAUGGAAAAGGACCCAAACAAACGUUAUACGUGCGAGCAAGCACUGAGACAUCCCUGGAUUGCCGGAGACACAGCUCUGAACAAGAAUAUUCACGAGUCAGUCAGCGCCCAGAUCAGGAAGAAUUUUGCCAAAAGCAAAUGGAGGCAAGCGUUUAACGCCACGGCGGUGAUACGUCAUAUGAGGAGACUGCAGCUCGGUAGCAGCCAGGAAGGCUCAUCGCUGCACGGUCAAGCCAGCCGCAGACCCACCAACCCACUGCCCGAUGUCACGUCUCGUAAAGAUUGCCUCUCAUCUUCCACCGCCUGCAGCAUAGCAUCGGCUGCAUCCUCUCCUUCUGUUAUAUCGCUGGUAGGAGCCGACCAGCGGGCAAGAUCUACGUCAGUAACCACAGUACACACCGGGAGCAAAUGACAAGUGGCUUCAACAGAAAUACAUGAUGGGAAACGACAUCACUGUGAUGGAUCCCAGAAUUCAAGCGAUCUCACACUGCAUGUGCACUGAAGUCUAGAGGGAUCCCAGGGAGGAUUUAUAAAGGCCAUAUUUUAUACUGUAACUCUUAUACAAUAUAUGUACCAUAAAUUGCAUUGAGUCAUGUGCUGGUGGAUUUAACAGUAUCUGGUGCUGCGCAUAUGGGUCUAGCAAUGUUUUGUUCACCUUAUCUAAAGUCAACAGUUAAUGUCGUUCUGUGGUAAUUGUACAAUGUUUUUUUUCUCCAAAUCAGCAGCAUUUCUCCUGGACGUACAUUCACCGAGGAAUGGGACAUUAGUUGGACUGCACAAGCCAUUCCUUAUCUCUUGUGUUCUUCUUGGUUCCUCGUCUCUCCUGGGACUUUAGUAAAAUGCAGAACCCCUUCACACUGUAAGAUUGUGCAGCUUCUGAUAAGCAGCAGUGCACUGACAGUCAAAACAGAAAUGCUGUGAUACAAAACCUGUCGGGGUUUAAAAUCUUCUAUACUAAAACUAUUUCAUGGUCCUAAACUGGACAAGGUCUUUUAACUAUUCAGGGCUAGAACAUAACAUCACCUUUGCUAACUCCAGCUCUAGUGAAUGUGUCUGGUUACAUAUAGAAAAGUUAUCUUUAGUUAGUCGACUUUAUAGAUUAUCUGCCAAUGUCCUAUUGCACCAUUACAAAUUUUUAAUCUCGUUUUUUAUGCUUUUAGUUAACAUUCAGUGUGACUCAGUCAGACAGAAGUAGAUGCAUCCUAAGCUAAUUCUACAUAUCUGAGAGUGAGAUUAGUUGUGCCUUUCUAAAAGACUUCUUGUUGGAAAGAAGAUCAGAAAUUCUUGCACCAUUUUUAAAAAUAAACAUGGUUACGUUGAAAUCUUUCCUUAGGGAGAGCAUCAUUCUGCUAAAUCUAAAUCUGCUUAAAUUAAUCGACAUUUGAACAACAUUCCUCAGUUCCAAGACAUUCCCCGAACAAUGUGCCAGAAUUCUUUGGUGCUGAAUUUUAACUUUUAUAUUGUGGUGACCUGGAUCAUUUUAAAAGCUGUUUUAGCUUUUCUCUUGGCCAAUGUCAGACAUGAUUAUCAGAUGACAUCAGAAUUGAGAGGAUAUAUAUUUCUCCAAGCAGUUUUAUCUUAAGGGAAUAUAGGCAAGGAAAUAGCACUCUUGUAGCAUUAGAGGAGCUCUGGGUGAAUGGAAAAGAAAAAAAACACUCUUAUUCCUAUGGUUGAAUAGAGAAGUCAACUUGCAAAUCAUAUUGUCGAAAGGCUUUGCUGUUACAACAUUAAUGUUAGCAUUUUCUUUAGGUUAGCCCCGGAGAGGGUAGAACAAUAUUUAUUGAUAUAUGAGAUGUGUUGGCCACAAACUUUUCCCUGGAAGACUGUUAGAGGCUGGGAUUAUCACUGCUACACAGCUAUUUUUAGCAUUUUUAAAAUUUAGGUUUGUUUUAUUUUGCCGGGAAUACAGAAUCGAGAUUAGAAUCAGACUUAAUAUCGCUGGUUUAUAUGUCAGGGAAUUUGUUGUCUUGUGGCAACAGUAGAGCGCCAAGACAUAAAAUUACUAUAAACUACAAAAUGGAUAAAUAGUGCAUGAAAAAGGGAAUAACAUAGUAGUGUUCAUGGACCGUUCAGAAAUCUGAUGGUAGAGGGAAAGAAACUGUUUCUGAAUUGUUAAGUGUGUGCCUUCAGGCUCUUGUACCUCCUCCCUGAUGAUAAUAAGAAGAUGGCAUGUCCUGAAUGGUGAAGGGCCUUAAUGGUGGAUGCCCCCUUCUUGUGGUACUGCCUCUUAAAGAUGUCCACGAUGGUGGGGAGGGUUGUGCCUGUGAUGGAGCUGGUUGAGUCUACAACCAUCUGCAGUGUUUUGUCAAUCCUGCGCAUUACAGCCUCCAUGUCAAGUAGUGAUACAAACUUUCAGAAUGCUCUCCACUGUACAGUUGUAGAAAUUUGCCAGUCUUUGGUGCCGUACCAAAUCUCCUCAAACUCCUAACGAUGCAGAGGGGUUGGCAUGCAUUUCCUGUAAUUGCACUGGUGUGAUGGGCCUGGAAUAGACCCUCUGAGAUGUUGAUGUCAUGGUUGGUGGGAUUAACAUGGUUAUCACCCUUUUUUUUCAGCACAGUGCUUCUCAGGAGGGGUGAGUUCAAUGUGGCCACCCUGAACUGGCAGGUUUGCCUUUACAGUUAGUGGCCAGUGUGGGUUGGUGCAGAUGGUGGCAGCAAACCAGAGAAGAAAUUCAGAUGAUGGUUCACUUCCAUAACCAGCCCACCUCUGAAGGAGAAAUUACCCUUAACAAGCUUCAGAGCUUAAUGCAUGAGAUAGAAAGCAGAGAACCAGUGAAUGUGGUUUGGCUGGAUUUAUGGGAAACCACACAAGAGUUCUUUUUAUAAGAUUGGGACACAGCCUGUCCAUUGGUUAGAACAUAGAACUCCACAGCAUAGUACUGGCCCUUCAGCCCACGAUGUUUUUCUGACCUUUUAAUCUAAAUUCAAUAUAACCCUUCCUUCCUACAUAGCCCUCCAUGUUCCUAUCAUCCAUUUGCCUGCCUAAGGGUUCCUUAAAUGUCUCUAAUUUAACUGCCUCGACCAUCACUCUUGACGGGGCACUGCACGCAUUUACCAGUCUCUGUGUAAAAGACAUCCCCCUAUACUGUACUUUCCUCUGCUGACGCCGCCUGCCCUGCCAAGUUCCCCCAGCAUUUUGUGUGUGUUGCUCAAGAUCUCCAGCAUUUGCAGAAUCUCUUGUGUCUUGAGCAUCUUCAAUGUGAUGUCCCAACUCUUGAACUCAUUGUUCCUGCCUGUGAAGACAAGUAAGCCCCAUGCAUUCUUUACUGUCCUAUCUGCUUGUCUCACCCAUUUCAGGGACUUAUGCACUCAUACCCCAAGGUCGCUCUGUACAUCAAAGUUUCUAAGGUCCGUCCCAUUCACUGUGUAUGUCCUGAGGUAUUAGAGGAGCGAGAAUGCAUUACUUCACAGUUAACUGGAUUAAGUUCCAUCUGCUAUCACUUCACCCAACUUUCCAUAGCUGUUCAAUAGCUCCCAUAUAUCUUCAAGCAACCAUCCUCGCUAUAUGCAAUUCUGUUGUCAUCAAACUUCCUUAGCAGAGCACAGACCUUCUCAUUCAUGUCAUUUAUAUAUACAUGACAACCAGCGUUCACAACACUGAUCCCUGAGCCACACCACUGGUUACGGGCUUCUAGUCAGAGAAAUGUCCCUCUACCACUACCUCUGCCUCCUAUCACUAAACUGAUUUUGGAUCCAGUUUGCCAAAACACCUCAGAUUCCACGUGCCCUAACUUUCUAGAUAUACCUAUCAAGCAAGACCUUGUCCAAAGCCUUGCUAAAAUCCAUCUAUACCACAUCUACCACAUUGACUUCACCAUUUUUCUUCAUAAUCUCCUCAAGAGACCCAAUCAGAGUUGUGAAGAGUGAUUUCCCAUACACGAAACCACGCUGACUCCUCCAAAUUGGUCCUGGCCUUUCCAAGCAAUCAUUGCUCCAACCCUAAGAGGUUUUUCCAACAGUUUCUCCUGCAACAAGGUAUGUGUACCAGUAGCAAUAAGUUCUAUGUAUCAGUAAGAAAGUGUGUACAAGCAUUGAAGAGGGUCCAGAGGAGUUUGACGGGAAUGACUCUGGGAAUGAAAGGGUUAAUGUUUAAUAGCACAAGGCCUAUACUCAUCAGAGUUUAGAAGAAUGAGGAGGAAUCUUACUGAAAUAUAUUGAAUAUUGAAAGGCCUAGUUAUAGUGGACUUUAAUGAUUGUUUCCUAUAGUAGGGAGCCAAGGACCAUAAGACGAUAAAGACAUAGGAGCAGAAUUAGGCCAUUCGGCCUAUCAACUCUGCUCUGCCAUUUGAUCAUGGCUGAUCCAUUUCCCUCUCAACCCCAUUUCCCCUGCCUUCUCCCCGUAACCUAUAAGACCAAGAGGGUCCAUCCUCAGAAGACACGGAUGUCCCUUUAGAACAGAAACGAGGAGGAAUAUCUUUAGCAUGAGAGUGGUGAAUCUGUGGAAUUCAUUGCUGCUGAUGGUUGUGGAGAAUGAGACAUUGGGUGUAUCUGAAGUGGAAGUUGGUAGGUUCUUGAUUAGUAAGGGCAUCUAGGGUUACAGGGAGAAGGUGGAUGAAUGAGGUUGAGAGGGAUAAUAAAUCACCAUUGUUGGAAUGGUGGAGCAGAGUCAAUAGGCCAAACAGCCUAAAUCUCCUCCUGUGUCUUAUGGUUUUAUGAAUAAGUUGGUGCACUAGUAUCACCAGGGUGGGUGUACCAUUGUCAGCAGGAUAGAUACACCAGGAUACACAGAGUGGAUGUAACUCCAUCACCAGGGUGAGUACAGCAGUACUACCAGGGCAAGGACAAUGUACACCUGCAAUAAAUAUAACCGUAGCGAUUUCAUGUCCAUGAAGUUUGGUUAAGUGUACAUUUUUUUCAUCGGUUACCUUCCAGUUUAAUAAAAAUAAAUAACAGCUAAUAUAGGUAAAUUGCAGAGAAAUCUCCUGGUAAAUUAAGUUCCUUGAGAAAUCAACUAAUCAAACUUUAUCUAUAGGUCUAUAGGGAGAAAAGUGAGUAGGAUUGAGAUUAUCAGGAGAGUGAGUGGGACUGCGAUAUCAGAAGGUUCAUUCAGAGGCCUUUGUAUUUGGCACUUCCUGUACCUAGUAAAGUAGGCACUGAGUGUAUGUUCCUGGUCCUCUGCUGCUGCAACCACUUCAUGGUUCGACAUGCUGUGCGCUCAGAGAUGCUCUUCUGCACACUAUUGUUGUAACACGUGGUUAUUUGAGUUACUGUCAGCUUGAACCAGUCGAGUCAUUCUCCUCUGACCUCUCUCAUUAACAAGAUAUUUUCACUCACAGAACUGCUGCUCACUGGAUAUUUUAUUUUUAGUUUUUUGCACCGUUCUCUGCAAACUCUAGAGAUCGUUGCAUGUGAAAAUCCCAGGAGAUCAGCAGUUUCUAAGAUACUCAAAACACCCCAUCUGGCACCAACAAUCAUUCCACGGUCAAAGUCACAUUUCUUCUCCAUUCUGAUGUUGGUCUGAACAUCAUGGCCAUGUCUAUGUAUAUUUAUGCAUUGAUUUACUGCCACAUAAUUGGCUGAUCAUAUAUUUCCAUUAAUGAGCAGGUGUACCUAAUAAAGUGGCCGCUAAGUGUAUUUUCCCAAAAGUAAAUUGAUAGUUUCUACCAUAUUAGCACAGUAAUAAUGUGAUUACCUUGUUGAUAAAUGUACUCAAGGCCCCUUAAAAUAACUUUCCUUGCGGUUGCUGACAAUAGAAAGUCUAAAUUAACAGCACCAAAGUUUUUAUUAAUAUUUUGUUCAGUUGCAAACGGACACACUCUGGUAAAGCGUCAAAUUCACUGCAGUAAAAAUGCUGAGUCUAAGCAAAUAAUUCUUAUUUGUUCCUUACAAGAUCUACACAGAAUUGACGUCAUCACAUUUUGAGUGACUAUAGUAUUGAAUAUGGCUGGAUUCAAAGGUGCAAACUAUCAGUGCGUUAUCAGUUGAAAUUAAUUUGAGAACGGAUUCAGAUUUAACUGUGAAUUGAUGCCUAUGUGUAAGUGCAUGAUUGCAUGAGUUGAUGGUAUCUAAGCAACCUGCAGCCGAACCCCUUUUUUUAACCACUGAAUAUUUUUUACACUUGUUAUCCCACUUCAGUGAUGAGAACUUAAAGCAGAAGAUCGCUGGAAACGCCCAGCAUAUCAGGCUGCAUCUGUGUGGAAAGGAGAAAUAAUGUUUUAAGUUGGAUCUUUUUUCACCCUUAAAUGUUACUCCCAUUCAGAUUCAUUUAUUUAUCACAUUUACAUCAAACAUGCACUGAAAUGCGUUGUUUUGCGUUAAUAACCAACACAGCCCGCACAUGUCGCUACACAUUCAGGUUCCAAGGUAACAUGCUCGCAGUGCUCAGCAGAACACCGCGGAGCACAACAAGCAACCAAACAACAGCCAAACAAGCCCCAUUACUCACUGCCAGCCACCCACAUACAAACACAGUCCUCCAACCCCAGGGCAGGCCGUCAUCAGCCUGCAGCAGAUUCACAGAAGUUCAGGGGGAAGGGAGAAGAGAGAAUGUCCGGGGUAGGUGGGGUCUCUAAUUACGCUGGCUGCUUUACAGAGGACAGCUUCCACAAGGGGAGCUUUGUUCCCGUGACGUGCUGAGCUGUGUUUAUAACUCUUUGCAGUUCCCUGCCAUCACAGGCCGAACAGUUGCUGCCUGACCUGCUGAGUGUUUCCAGCAUUGUCUGUUUUUAAUUCAGAUCUCCCGCAUCUGCAGUUUUUUAUACUCAUCCAGCAUUGAGAAGAUGGUUUAAUGGGUUCUGUAAAAAAAAAGCCCAAUCUGUGUUUAGUGUAUACAAGCUGCCUGUGAAUUUCAGUGUUUGUUUACAUGAAGCUUACGAUGUCUGACGGUAGAAGCCACGGUCAAGUCACUCAGCAAGUGUUUCAAAAUAUGUCAGGUCAGGAAUACAACAGGGCAGAACGUUGCUGCAUGGAUAAAGUCAAGGAGUGCUGCUGGUGCGUAGGUGAAGUCAAAGAGUUCAUCAGUCUCCCUACUCAGACUUCAUAAGUGCCCAAACAAACCAACGGAUCUUGAAACUUCUUUGGUGAGUGGCUUUAUUAGCACCUUGGCAGUGAAUGCUAUUUUUUUUUGACCAAAUAAAUGGCACAACAAAAAAAAAAAUAUAUAUAUAUAUAUAUAUUACAAACUUCCCGGUAAUCUCUUGCUAUAUUGUGUGAGAAUUUGUAGAGUGUCCAACUUGUAAAAACAGGGACUCAGGCGCAGGUAAGUAAAAGUAGGUUUCAAUUAUCAGUGAGGCCCUCCGUUGGCCAGGAUUGACCACGGAUGUUACGUACUAGCUGGCUUAAGCAAGUCAGGGCAGUACAACGUGUUGCCCAUGCAGCAGUGUGCCCCUCUCCACGCUGCCGAUGAAUCCAAAGGAACAGCAGGGACCGAUACAGUUUGGCACCAGUGGUGUUGCAGGGGUUGCCAGACAGUGUUGAACUCAAUGUAGGACUGCCUUAGAGACUAGAUUUUUGCUCGGAGUUUACUCCAAAAGCCUUCCCCAUGAGUGGGCUUAGUAGCUAAGUCACACGUGAAGGCCAAGAGCCAGAGGCUGUUUGAAACACACACCUUUGGGAGCAUUUAAUAGGUGGUGGGAGCUUAUCCCCACUAACCUCACCCCCUCACCUCCCCCCCAAACCCCAACCCUGGCUAUGACAACCUUAAGGACUACUACUGCGUCGGCUCAGGCCUAAGGGGCCGGUGUCGGGCAAACCUUAAGAAACCAAUCCCAAUAAUUAAAAAGUAUCCCCUUGUAAAAUUAAACAAAGGAAGAUUUAAUGACAAGCAUUCACUUUUCAUAAUUCAAAGGUUUGUGGCAUGUUUAAAGAGCUUCAGAAUAUACUCUUCAUAUCAGGAAUGUCUGUGUGGCAAAAAUAUUACUGCAGAUUUUCUAGUCAGUAUGUUUCCUUUCACAUUUUGUUCAGUAAGUAUUGUAACAUGCAUGCAAUGAAUAGAUUGCGAGAGUUUACACUUUGUCUAAUACUUCUGGCAAUGGUAAUGCAGAUUGAGAAUGGGGCUUAUAUAGUAACCAACCUGUCCAGGUCUCUGCCUUUGACAAUCAUGUAUACAUAAUUUCAAUUUAUAAUGUAUUGGGAAUUAUGAAAAUAAAUUGUUUCCCACAAAUAAAUUGAGUUUUGAUCAUCGUAGACGUUGUUAUGUUCUUGGCUUGGUUUUUUAAAGAUGAUCCAACACUGUGAUAAGGCAUUAAACCAGCACUCAAUAUUAUCAGACUCUUGAAGAUAUCUCUCAAACACUAAAAUAUGAACGUCUGGUCUCCCAGUCUAUCUCACUGUGACCCUUUCACUUUAUUUGUCUACCUGUGCUUUCUCUGUAAUUGUAACACUGCAUAGUGAACUGCAAUUGGUUUAUUAUUGUCACAUGAUUCGAGAUACAGUGAAAGACUUGUCUUGCAUACUGUUCGUACAGAUCAGAUCAUUACACAAUGUAUUCAAGUAGUACAAGGAAUAACAAUAACAGAAUGUAGAAUGAAGUGUAACAGCUGCAGAGAAAGUGCAGUACAGGUAAACAAUAAGAUGCAAGAUCAUAUCCAAGGUAGAUUGUGAGGUCAAGAGUCUAUUUUAACAUUCUAGCAAACCACCUCGGGAACCAUUCCGUAGUCUGAUAACAGUGGGAUAGAAGCUCUCUUUUUGUCCAUGUUCUGUGGAUUGUUUAUUUGAUAUUUUUGUUUGCAUGAUUUGUUAAUUCUUUUUCGCACAUCGGAUGUAUGACGGUCUUAGUUCUGAGGGUUUUUUUGUGAAUUCUAUUAUGUUUCUUUGUUUUGUG